UAUAAUUUUUUCUCCGUUUUUGUUUGGAAUGCAGGAAACUUCUGUUGGGCAUGCGGCAACUCAGCUGUUCUUUCAUCUGUAGUAAAACUUGGGACAGAACUUCUUUGGUCUUCUGUAAAAUCUCCUGUUUUUUUAUGCUUUCCUACGUGCUUGCAUCCGUUGCCAGAUGCCAGCCAUGCGAACUCGCCGCUGACACCUGGCCCCGCCGCGCCGCCCAAGAACCUCCCCUCCUCCUCCGUCCGUCCCGCUGAUGAAAGCGCAGCCGCGGUGGCGCACCCAUUCCCGAUUCCCGCAGCGAUGGCCAUGGGGCGACCUGUGCGGGUGGUGCUGGACUCCUCCGUCCUCCUCGACCCUUCCGCCCGCCCCGACUGCGCCGGGGAGGAGGUGGCGCCUCUGCGGCCAGGGGCGGAGGCGCUGCUUCGGCGCCUGCGCUACUCCAAUCUUGGGGUGGCAAUUUGCCAUCAGGAAGGCUUGCCAACUAAUGAGUCAGGUUUUCUUGAAAAGACUGCAAAAUUGUACUCCUUUGGAUAUAUACCACUUACAUCUCCAAGUGGGAGCAAUUCACUAAAUGAGGCGAUGAUAGAAUGGAGUAGAACAAACUCUUGCUUCUAUGUGACUUCAGGAGUUCAUGAAGGUUUAUUAUCUGAACUUCAGAAUCACAACUGGGCAGUUAUUGCCAUGGAUAAUGAUGAUGUCAUAAAGAACUCUGGAGUUUUACGUAUUGGCAUGCUUCAGGAGUUACUCAUCACUUUGGCAACUUCAAUAAAAAAGGUAAUAGGAAGCUCAUCUACUUUGGUGGUUGGCUAUGUUAUGAAGCAAUCCCGUGAGGAAGACUUUGCCAAGAGAGGAGCAUUCCCCAUUUAUCCUAGUAAAAACAAUCUUAUCUUUGUUCCACUCUCGUUUGAACUUCCCUUAGCUUCUCAAUUGCAAGAAGUUGAUUUAGUGCUACACAAAAUAACUGAUGAGAUCAUCAACAUUGAUCCAAACUCUUCCAUCAGUUUUCCAAAGGGGAUUUCAUUUUCUCCAGGAAUGUCUGAAAUUAUAAGAUUUGUAGAAGAGCACUGUAAUUUUUGCGUCAUCGAUCCAUUCAAAAAUAUUUAUCCCUUGCUGGACCGCCUCCAAAUUCAAGAAAUUCUAGUCCGACUGGAAGGACUUAACACCGAAGGAAGGCCAAAACUACGGGCACCGUGCUCUUUAAAGGUUGAAAACUUUUGUGGCAGUGAAUUACAGAAGCAACUAACGGAAGCUAAUUUAUCCUUUCCACUGAUUGUGAAACCACGAGUAGCAUGUGGAGUUGCUGAUGCCCACAAUAUGGCAUUGAUUUUCCAAAUUGAAGAAUUUAGCAAUCUUAGUAUACCUCUUCCAGCUAUUCUACAGGAAUAUAUUGAUCAUGGAUCCAAAAUAUACAAAUUUUAUGCAAUUGGAGACAAUAUUUUUCAUGCCAUUAAGAACUCAAUGCCCAAUGCAAGUCAUCUUAAAUCAUCAUCAGGAGGCAAACCUCUUACGUUUAAUAGUUUGAAGACUCUUCCAGUGGCUACAAAAGAGCAGCAACUGCAUAAUAGGGUUCAAGACAACAAAUCGUUGGACAUUAAUCUAGUAGAAGGGGCUGCAAGUUUGUUGAAGGAGUUGCUUGGGCUGACAAUUUUUGGAUUUGAUGUUGUUGUUCAAGAAUCCAGUGGAGACCAUGUCAUAGUGGACCUCAACUAUCUUCCAUCUUUCAAAGAGGUUCCUGACAAUGAGGCAAUGCCUGCGUUCUGGGAUGCAAUCACACAAUCAUAUAAGUUGAGGAAACGAAUGAUGCAAACUUACUCCAGAGAUAGUUUCAGGAUUGCCGGCACAUUUUUUUGUCCUUCAGAGUAUUCAGGUAAUAUGCCUUCCUGAAUGAUGGAUCGCCUGAAGAGAAUUACUGGCAUGGCAAAGGGCUUAUCAACUGCUCCGGUUCGGAAAGACGAAGACGAGAGCUUGGUUCUAUUUGGGGAGCUGUACAAGCAUGAGAAGGAGAAGGAUGUGAACCUCCUUGAACCAAUGUACUCAGUGGAGUUUGAAGCAAUUCAAGGAAGCAGUCGUAUGCUCAAGUUACCAUCAGGAAAGAGAGAUUAUCUCCAGCCAGAUGGUGAAAAACAUGAUUAUGACUGGCUCAAGACCCCUCCAGCCACUCCACUAUUUCCUUCCCUCGAGAUGGAAGCUAAUUCCUCUCAGAUGGUUUUUCAGAGAGAAUUGCCCAUCCUUCAGUCAGUUAAAACUUCAAGGUUCUCAAUCAAGCCUGAGCCAACCAGCACAUCAACAACAUCUGAAUCGCCUACCUCCAGCUCCUCAAAGUCGACUCCGACUGCAAGACCCAGUAGCUCUUCAUCCAAGAAAAACCUCACCAAUGGAGUUCCUGCCCUCUCUGGGGCGACCUCGGCUUACAGAAUAGACAAAAGAUCAAGCUGCACACCUCUGAAAAACAGGCAACAUAUUGCAGCUCCUGCAACUAAAAAUACAGGCACCAAAGCAGCUAAGAAAACCACAACCAUCAGCAAGCCUGAAGUUCCAAUGAACACAAAUGCUGCAAAGAAAAUAGUGAAACCGGGAAUACCUGACAAGCCACUGAAGAAAACUGCAGCAAUUGCACCGAUAGCUCGGUGCAAAGAUCUUGCAAUUGGAUUGAAGGAUCUAAAGGUGGAUCUUGGCACCACAAGAAGAAUGGCGUAUCCACCUGCUGCAAAAUUGGGUAGCAACAAUGAGCUUGACACAGUUGCAGCAAAAGGAAGGAGCACAACUGGAGGUGAGCCUGCUCCUGGCAAUGCCACUGAAGCUACCACAAAGGGAAGGAGAAGAGCAUGCGCUGAGAAGGAGCAUGGACAAAGUCUUGGAAGCCAUGCUAAGAAGUGAAACAGAAAUAUCCAUUCUAUCCAGAGCACACUUAACUUGAAUGUUUUUCUAUGAUUAUGUUUGUGUUAGGGAGUCUUAUCAUGCUGAAUGAACACUCUACAUGUUGAGGAGCUUAAUCAUCUUACGAGUUAAGAGUUGUAGAAACACUGAAACUGUCCAUAGAUUUGUAAAUCACCUUGUUCAUUUCAAGGAAACAGGCCUAAUCCUGAUUGAAUCAACCAACAAGGAUUUUUCUGCUCUGUUGUAA